CCACAACGCUGAAUCCGGCAGGAACCACGGAGGGAGACAUGUCCAAGCCGCCAAAUGAGAACGUGACCACAUACAAGCUGGUGGUGGUCGGCGAUGGUGGUGUCGGCAAAUCGGCACUCACCAUUCAGUUCUUCCAGAAAAUGUUUGUGCAGGAUUAUGACCCGACGAUAGAAGACUCUUAUAUCCAGCACUAUGAGAUUGAUGGCCAGUGGUGUAUUUUGGAUGUGUUGGACACAGCGGGUCAAGAGGAGUUCAGUGCCAUGAGGGAGCAGUACAUGAGGAAAGGAGACGGGUUUCUUUUAGUGUAUUCUGUGACGGACAAACAGAGCUAUGAGAAUAUUCAUAAUUUCCACACACAAAUCCUGCGUGUCAAAGACAGAGAUUCCUACCCCAUGAUUCUGGUAGCUAACAAAGUGGACCUGGUUCACCAGAGGAAAGUUUCAGAAGAUCAGGGGAAAGAACUCAGUACAUCAUUAAAGAUUCCCUAUAUUGAAACCAGUGCAAAAGACCCGCCUCUAAACGUUGAUGCAGCCUUCCAGGAAGUGGUCAGAGUUAUAAGAGAGCAGCCUGUAGAUUUAAAGGAAAGACGCCGGCGACGCAGGGGCAAGCGAGACUGGCGCUGUCACAUUCUCUGA